ACACCCCUCUUCACCGCUUUCUAGCACCUGCAAGCUCAAUCCACAUCAGUCAGCGCCGCCAGUCGUACCAAGAACACGGUCAUCCAAGCCAGCGGAUAGUUCUAAUUUAGCGGUCGUCGAAAGUUUCCAUGAACUUAAAAGCCCGUGGAGACAAGCGUAAACGUACAUGGUGCGAUGUUAUGAUAUGAUUAAGUGGUAGAUAACAGGCCGAUGGACGAUAGAGUGGAAGGUGAUAGGCCGGUGGGGUCUCGAGUCCAGACCGCGGUUCAAAGUGGUGCUGAGGGACGCAUCGAGGGGGCGCUACCGAAUGGUAGGGAGGCGCAGGGCGUAGUCGAGGGGCGGAGAUUAGCGGACGGGGAAGUGGUUGCGGAACAGAGCCGGCGAGGUACAGUGGCGGAGGGUUUGGCGGAGCGGAUCCGCGAGCUGGUGGAUGCGGCGGACAUGAGCGCAGCGAGGGAGGCGCAGGGGGAGAGUCUAGGCGCACUGCAGGACACAGCAGCCAUCCUGGCGCACUUCAACGCCUUCUCGCUCAAGGCGCUGGCCUCUGAGGGCCCCGCCAUGCGCGUCCACACUGCCACACUGCAUGCGCUGCAGACUGACCUCCUAAAAACGUUCAGAAAGAUCAGGGAAAUGAAGGAGAAGCUGAAAAAGGCGUUCCCAAAUGCUUUUGAGGAAGCUAGUCUGAUCGUUUCAGAGUCAGGCUUGCAUGUGGAUGAGGACGACUGAAGGGAAGCUCUGAGGGGACCUACAUCUCUGCAGUGUAAAUAGAUAAAGCGAGUCAAGUGUCUAUUGUCUAGUAUACAAACGUACUGUCGGCUUGUAUGUGGCAGCACCAUUCUCCACACAACCCUAGACCUAUAAAUAAAUAGCUGGUGG